CUGAGCAGGGGUGACCAGUUGAGCAAUCCCGACUUCGACAUCAACAACGUCACCGAAAGACUCUCGCGGCAUCAAGUUCCUGCGUAGCACCCAAGACACUUAUCACGCGUCGUUCCACGUCAAGUCCCCUUCUUCGGCUGUGCAAGACAAGUCUGCGCAGUCUGACCCACCACGACCGAGUCUCCCGAGUGUUCCAUGCAAACAGAGUCCACCAAGAGUAUAGACCAAGAGCCCUCGAACAGCGCCACCACUUCGCAGAAAACCACCACCCAAGAUGGCUUCCGUUCUCCUGAACCAGGCUCUCUCGAUGGGGGCUCUCGGUCUGGGCUCGAUGGCGUCUCAUCUGGCCGCGCGAGCCCAGUCCUGAGGGCGGCCCAGUCUGUCGAGGCUGGCGCAGAAGAAGAGCCUUCAUCGGGUACAUACGAAAGUCACUACACCCUUCCGGGGGAGCGUGUGGCUGCCUACGAGCAUGCUACGGCACCGAGUAUUCCAGCAGCAUUCAAGGUCAUCAAGCGGCCCGCUUCUGCAGCAGAAGGCCCAUCUCUUGCAGACUGCCCUAAUGAGAUUCUGACUCAAAUCCUCUCGCACCUCCACCCGGACUCGCAUGGCUCUGUCGCACUCGUUUCGAAACGGUUCUACUCUCUAAUUGCUGAGCCGCACGCAUGGCGCAUGGCGUUUCUCCGCUACUUCCCUGGCCCAGAGGCCAUGGGCAUCUCAGCUGCCCAUCGAGACGCAGACACGGAGGAAGCCAACAGAGUGCGGUCGGAAUUCCGGUACUUCACCCGUUUGACGUCUCUGGCUUCGUGGCGGAGUGAAUAUCUUCUGCGCACCCGGCUCCUGCGCAGUGUCGCCCGCGGCAAGCCCGGAGCCAGGAUCGGUGGCGCUGGAGGAUCCCUGAGACCCGCUCACUCAUCCAAGAAGGCCGGCGCUGUUCUCACCUACAACACAAAGCUACCGUGGAUGAUCAGCAACAUACACGCUGUGUUUGACGACAACAACAAGCGAGGUCCGAAGGUCAUUGUUGGCACGAGGGACUUGUGUGUCUCUACCGUCAGUGACCCCUCGAGUGGAAAGGUUGAGAAAUGGGGUCUCGAUGAUCCUUUUGCAUUCGCCCAAUUGGACGAGCUGUUUCCGAAUCUGCAGCCAUUCGGCGUCGGGGAUGGUCCAGCUGCUGUGUACAAUGUAAUGGAUGUCAGUCAGCCCUACGGAAUGGUGGGAGGCGAGGGCUUUCCCGGUGGCCGUCCGUACUUCCGUGCAACCAAUGAGCUGCGUGGACGGUAUCUCGGCGAGCAGAACAACAUCAUCGACAUGAGCCCCGAAGUCCCCAAGAUACCGGAGUUGUUGGAAUCCAUAUGCAGUGUAUGGAUCGCCAAGUCUUCGGCAGUUCCCUCGAUCACUCAGAACAUGAUCGGGCUGAUGACUGGGUCUACGCUAGGCGUGGUCACUGCGUAUGCUCUGAAUCACGAUUUCGCGGGCCCUCAAUACAAGGCUGGGGACAUGACCGCACGCUGGGUCCUUAGCCCUGGUGUUCCGAUUGUUUCCCUCAAGGUCGAUGACAGCUUCAACCAAAAGCGUAUGUCACUAGGCCGCGUGUGGGCAUGCGCCCUCAACGCCCUUGGAGAGUGCUUUGUGUUGACGCAGCCCCCGGUCCCACCGACGGAGGCGAGGCGGAAAAGCUCGAGCACCACGAAAUCUUCUUGGACUGCUGGUCGCACCGCCUACUGGGAACUUAUCGAGUCUACGCGCCGUAGAGCACGACCAGACGAUCUCGACAAGAAUGCCGUGCGCGGAGCUUAUUCCCCACGCUCUCCGUGUGAUGCCAUGGCUUUGAGCAAGGACCAGACCAUCGCCGAGGCUCGUGAGAUCGAGAAAUACCUUCGCUACGAGCCGGCUCACUUCCGGAAAGUCUGCGAGGGCUGGGACAUGCGGAGGCAACUUGAAGUUGACUUCGCCGAGGAGAUCAUCCUUACCAUCCUCAGCGGACAAGAUGAGGAACAGUCGCCCGAGAUCAUUCGUUGCAGCAGAUCCACUUUUGGAACAGCUGACACCUCGAAGGUGAACACCCCGACUGUUCUCACCCCAAACGUCCUGUCUCCCACCCCAGUGAAGUCCAUUUUCGGGUCUGGUGCCAACACCCCUGUUCUUGCUUGCUCUCCUGCGCCCGAAAAGCCAGAACCAACCGGUGUGCAAGACGCCAGGGAAUGGCAAAUAACGAGACUCUCGCUGAAAAAACUCGGCAAGGCCCAGAUCACAGCCGUUGCCUUGGACAAUUCUAUUACUGCGCUAUUGGCACCCUUUGAAGAUCCUCUCAACACUGACUCUCCGCACUCGAAAUCGGGAGCGACCACACCGAUAUCGAAGCAGACUACCGGGGAGAUACCGGGCCGAAGAGCUCGCUUCUUUGGAAUAGGCAGUGAUUAUGGCAAAGUACUCGUCUGGAACGUGCGUGACGGAUCAUCAGGCGUGGUGGAACCGGUAUUCUCGGUCCAAACAGAAUCUCCCGAGGUUACGAGCCUGGCUAUGUCGGCGCUGUACCUUGUUCACGGAGGAAGCGAUGGGCUCGUACAGGCAUGGGACCCACUGGCGUCUUCGGUGGAACCCAUCCGGACCUUGAAUUCACGAUCUUCAGGCCGGGCGCCACGGCAUAUCCUGAAUGCCAAUCCUGCCUUGCGACAUGCCGACUACUCGACCUGUCCCGCCAUUUUUCUGGACCCGGACCCGACGGUUCUACGAGGAAUCCUGUGCUUUGGGACGUUCGUGCGAUACUGGUCUUACAGCUCCACAUUUCAGGGUCUAAGCCGCAGACGCCGUCCGCGCCAUUCAGACAUCCAUGGGAAAUUAUCGAGUCGCCGUCAGGGCGAUGCGGUCAUGGGUUACAUCGCUGCUGAAGAAGCCGAGCUUCGUCGCGAGGAAAGAGAUAGCGCGCGAGAGGAUGCAAGACUUCGAAAGCGCUUCGGUGUUGGCUUGGGCGAUCUGACGGAGGAAGAGGCCAUAGAGUAUGCACAGAUGGUAUCUGAGGAGGCUUUCCUGCUCGAUGAGCAGCGGCGCACGAGUGCCAGCGAUACCGGGUCCGCAGUAGACACUGGUGAGAAUGCGUCGUCGUUUGGGAGUCUCGACACGGUUACGCCAGAUCCUAGCAUGUCUGGGUGGAGUCCACCCAGCGGGAUAACUCCAGCUGCCGGGGCGGCUAAAGGUGCAUCUGACCUCGACGACGACGACGGCUAUGAGCAGCAAAUCCAACGAGCUCUUAGACUUUCCCUCAUGGAGGAUGUGAACGAAGUCGGCCAGUCACCUCGAGCAAGCAGCUCAACGGAUUUCGAGUUCGCUGUCAGAUUCAAACCCACCAAAGAGAAGCGGUCCACGACAGUUGCGGGCUCAGCAAGUCAGUCCCACAAACCGUCCCAAUGGGGGCAACCUUGGAAUCAAGCCGGGGGGGACACCUCGUCGCCGAUCAAUGUGGAUGAGGUGGACGAUGAUCUAGCGCUCGCUAUUCGCCUCAGCCUUGAGGAGGAGGAGCACAGGCAGCAGUAUCAGAGUUCCGGCCUUGGCAUAGAAGAGGAUGGCUUUCCUCCACUGGAGACGAGCGGCAAGGGCAAAGGCGUCCUGCGGCAUUGAUAGAGUCUGGCAAGACACAGGGCGGUAGAGGUGGUGGUGUGUCGCAAAUUUGGUUUAUUUCACUUCCCCAGGUAGUCCUGGUGUCUAAAGGUUUGAGCAAGGACUCGACGCGCGUGUUAUUCUAAUUUUGAUGUUACCUCUAGCCUUCCGUGCCCUGUGGUCGCGCCGCCCGCACUUGCCAUCCGAGCUGCAGUUGUCUCGUGGGGUCCGCCUCAGAUCGGACCGUGUGUUGUGCUAGGUUCUGCUGCUUGGCAUGCACGUUCCAUUGCCGGUCCUGACUUGCUGCCGUUGCAUUGGCUCAUGGAGACCCGCGAAGUCAAUUACCUCGUACUCGUUGAUUCCGUAGGCGCGGCUUUUCCGUCCAGUGAACAGGUCAAGACUGCCCCCAUUUUCCAGAGUCUUCGCCACAACAAAAAGAUAUCAAGGACACGGGAGACUUUUCGCCUGAGGUGAGGAUAGAUGGCCACCAAGCUGCCGACGCCCAGGACUCGGAACGGAGUUGCUGGGAAUCGGGAUUGGUCCUGCGGUCCACCUUGCCAGAUCGACGUCCCAUUGCGGUGCGGACCGAUCAGUGAACUGUGGAGGUGGCACGUGCUUUCACAGCAGAGAUAUCGAGAUCUGACAGCCGUGGACAUCAACCCCUAGACCGUCUUGCUCUACUGCCGGCCGGUAUCACCCGUUUCAAUUGGUGCUUGUCUGCUCCUCACUCUUCUGAUUCUGGCACACCGAGCUAUUUCGCCGUGCACCCAACUCUGUUGAAGCAACCACGUCCAACAGUAAACUAUGACACCUGAGACGGUGUACGACGGCGAGGCUGUACAAUCGAGAUUGGUCGUCAAUCGAGGCAAAGCUCCAUCUCUCCACCGGGACCAGUGUCGCCGCGGCCGGGGAAAUGGCUUAUUCACUUUCAAAGAAGCCCAUAGUGUCACAAGAGGAACUGGGCACGGCCAUGUUGGCUCAAGCCAAGACAUCACUGUGCAUGUUGACCAAGGCCUCUGUCCCAUCAUUGGUGGAUCCUGAGUUUCGCUUAAGACACACCCACGCUAACACCUAAACAAAAGUUGAAUGUGCUCCAUACCUGGUCGUUUCACUUCAUUUCUCCGCGUCAUGUUAUUCAUACCAGAUAUGCAAAACUAUGUACAAGGGCCAGGCCCGGUUCUCGACAUUCAGCAUCUCGCCAGCCAGCCAGCCACGCCCCUCGUCAUGUAGCCGUCCCUGAUGCCGACCGACAUGUCCAGGCUCGCCUGGCAGUGCAUCUCGUUGGGGCAGACGAUGAGCUGGGCGUCCGGGCCGGCGGGUCUUGGGGCCUUCCUCUUGGCACCGAGCGAGCCCACGCCGACCUCGCGGGCGCCCAUCAUCUUGGCCGUGUGGCAGACGUCGUCCCGGUAGACCUCGUCAGCACCGACGACCAGCAGCAGCUUCUGGGCCUUGAAGCCGUCCCAGAAGUCCCUGGGGGCCAGGACGGGGGCGGCCCAGACGUCGGCCUCGGGCUUCCAGCUGGCGGUGAUGGCGACGAGGCUGUGCUCGCUCAUGAAGUCCCUGCCAGAGUUGGUGCGGAAGCUCUCUGCGGUGGCGAGGUUGGCGGUGCGGGGCGAGAUGGCGACGGCGCCCCUGAACUUGUUGCGCGGGGCGGGGGGCAAGGCCAGCGGGGUGAUGCCGGGCCUGGGCUGCUGCAGGUGAGCCAGGACGGCGAGGGCCAUGUUGCCGCCGGCCGACUCGCCGCCGAUGAUGAUGUCGGCCGGGCUGCGGUACUUCAGGAUCAGGCGGAGGGCGGCGACGGCCUGGGCCAGCUGGCCUGGGUACUCGCACUCGGGGACCAGCGUGUACUCGAGCAAGACUGGCGAGGCGCGGGCGAUGCGGGCGGAGGAGACGGCGAAGGCGGGCGAGUGCAGCGGCACGAUGAAGCCACCGCCGCUGGGAGCUGGUCAGCACUGGGCUUCGGGGCAGCAGGGGCAGCAAAAUGACGACACAUACUGGAAGUACAGCAGGAUGGGGCCGUUCUGGGCCAGCUUGCAGUCGAUGAAGUGCAGCAUGGCCGGGGGGAAGCCGUCGGUGUCGUCGACCAGGACGGGCUGGUGGGUGAGGUCAUUUGCGGCGCAGUAAUCGGCGACGGUCUUGCCGGUGGUGUUGGAGACAAAGACCCUGAGCUGCCUGGGCUUGAGCAGGCUGAUGGCGGUGCCGAAGCUGGCGGCGGCGUUGCGCCUCAGGGACCUGGCGCACAGGAUGCCCUCCCUCCACUGGCGGUACGAGUUGGCGAGGAAGAAGGACAGGAUGGUGCCGGCGACGGCGGGGAGGACGCUGAGCAGGCUGGACAGCUCGCCGGCGGUGAGCUUUGGGCGGGUGUGGCUCGACAUGGCUUGCCUCGGGAACAAGGACAAGGAGAAUAUUCAGCCCAUCUUUCGCUUGUCGGCUGGGAGGGGGGGGGGAAGGUUGGCAGGCGGGCCUGCUAUAUAAUGCAGGCCCGUCCGAUGAUGAUGCAGCCAGCAGCGAGCACCCACGAGGUUGCCCACGCGGUGGCCUGGCCUUCCUGUUUGGGUAAUGCCACAGGUCAAGCUUCCCGGGCCGGACCUGAUGAGCCAAUCGUAACUGUCGACGGCGACAGUCACGCCCGCCCUAUCGGUAGUGCGGGCAGGCGGGCGAGUGUGCUACCAUGUACCACAGUAGUACGGGGACGGGCAGACGGGAUGCCAAGGCCUGGAGGCACCCUGUGCCGGUGACGGGGGUGGGGCCGGGGGGCCAGGUCCAGAGGCUACCAGACUUGCCAGAGCCCACCCACUCGGCCUCAAGCUUUCCGCCUUGUGGGGCGGGUGCACUGUGGUCGAUCCCGACCAGGCCUCACAAGCCUAUCGGAUCUCGACUCUGCCGGGUGCUACCCACGGUUACCCCCCAAGCCCUCGUCCGAUCUGCCCCAGACCCUCUUCGAGAAGACGUGCCUCUGGCUUCUUGCACGCUGACACACGGUUUCACCCUCUCUGCUCUGGCAGGUGUUUUGUGAAACGGGGGUCCUCCCAUCGUCUGUGCCCUCGUUUGGCCGCCGCACGCUAGAACUGUCAGCCUUGUCGUCGUCGCGUUUGCGUUUGUCCUGGCUCCGUUCCCUGCCAUGGCACAAUAUCACCGCAGCAUCACUCACGUUGCUCUCGCACAUGUCUACACAUCUGAACAGCCUAUCGGCGGCCUUCAGGCGCCCAGGAGCCUCGGUGACAGCUGCCAUCACCCGUCCAUCCGCCCCCAAACAGAGGGACCGAUAGGCUGCUCAUCUCCGGGUGGGAAGAGACAAAUGACUCUCUGACACUCCGACCGACGAUUCAGUUGGCAGCCUGCGCCGCUACAUCAUGCCUUCCGCAUGCUGCACGAGACAUGCUGGGUGCACUCUGUCUCAUCACACCUCGCCCUCUUUGCACACCCAGACACUUCAUGCUGGAGCUUGUGAGCAGGCCAGGGGUCCCACGCCGUCUGAACUUGGCCGCGACUACUAUGUAGUACAUGUCAAAACGGCCAACGCAAUGUCGGAACACCUCCGACCUCAGAGGACAGACACCCCUCCUGCGACAGACGCACAAGGCCACGCACGUUUUGCAGCUGACCCAUGGAACCAAGCCAGAGGCGCCGUCGGGUCUCGCAAUCAUCGCCCGUAUUUCGACGCGGUCACAAGUGACGGGUGCCACUUUAUGCGUGCCGGCUUUGGGUCCGCGCCAGCCGCUGGCCCAUGUUGAGGUCUGGUACACUAACGGAUAUUACAGUGGCACGAUACCAAGUUGGCUGCUGUAGCAUUUCGUGACGCUCAAGAUCGCCCUCCAUGCUGCUGAUAUGAACCCUUCAUUUCCAUCUGGUGGUGCGUGUGAUCGGCCAUACGAACGCAUGCAAGUGCGAUGUGUGCGAUGUGAACAUGCCAUGCCGGGCACAACCCUCCAACCAGACACACUGCGGUGUAGGCUGCACAGUACUCGGAAACCUCAAAGGACACAGGCAACGGUUGGAAACGGUGGUGUAAGCAGAGGCUCCCUGGGCUCCGGGCUGCGAUUGAAGUUGCGUGGUGCCACGGACAGUCGUGGUCACGUCCUGCAAGUGCUCACCAGGCUGUGUAGACGGCCCAUGGUCACUCAGACCCUUUCUGCCCACCUUCCAUUUAGCUCUGGGGAAGGGGGCCGCACAAAGAGGAUCAUGUUUUUGAAGUAUCUGUGUCGCCCUUUCAGGCAGAAACUACACACUUCCCAAAACUAUUGAAGAGGUUGCGACAUCAUCGCCCAGGCGUGACCAGUAUUGGCGCCCUCUGCUUUCUACACUUCCCUGCCAAAGACCCAAGUGUCGGAAUCAUUGUAAAGGUGGAGAGACUCUCUAUGCAGAACAGUGGGACAGGUCUUCGGAUUCGCACCCAUCAAUGUGAUAAUGACUUGGCCAAUUUUCUGAAGUCGUAGAAGAGGGGCAGAGGAUAGUUUGUUGACCAGCGUGGGCCCUCGGCCAUGUUUCCAACAACCCUAUCGCCCACCAACAAGCCGAGCCUUUGGUGCACAUCUGGUCGGCAUCAGGUGAGCAAGGUGUCGUGGAAGACACGCCGGCAACAAGGCGGUGUUUACAAUCCUCCGCCGACCUUUAGGAAGUAGGCUCGAGUCCCAAAUCGUCACCCAUACCCGCUUCGAGGUCGUCAACUCCUACUGCCCAGCCGCCAGAGGGCGAACGCAUCAACCUCAACACCCUACUGC